UCCUCCCUCUUCUCACUUCUAAGCUAUUUCCUUUUCUCUGUUUCUCUUUGCCCCUUUUGCCGCAUUUAUUGUUUCCAUUUUUCUCCUAAAAUAAAAAUUCGUUGAAUUCAAGAAGGAAAAGGAGAAGGCGACGACCUCUGAUCGGUGAAUUAUUCGGACGUCACAGAAGCACCUGUCUUUUAGGAUGGUCAAGGGUUUUAUUUUAAUGUCGAUGAAUUUGGGGCUAAAGAUCCGAUCGUUGAUUUCAUUAUGAGCAUUCUCCGAAAGGAACCGUAUUGGUUGCGUAUUUUUCGAUUAGAGCUAUUCGCUUCUAUUCUUCCGUCGUCGUCAUUUGGAGUUGGGACUGAUGUCUUAAAAAGAGCAAUUUUUCCUGAGGUCUAGUUGACUUGAGUUGCAUUAAUGGUUCCGAAGGGAUCAUGUCACCCGGCACCGAAUCCUCACCCCCAUUGAUUAUGGACAGCAACUAUACAAGCAAAGAGAUAGGGUCUUUAAACAAUGGUGGCGCAGAAGGUCCUAUGCCUUCAGAGAGCAUGACGGGGGCAAAAGCCAAGAAACCACCUCGACACCUCUCGAUCAUUCGGCAUUCUGUGAGCAGUGCUCGCCUGGGCUUCAAUUUGGGGACUCUUGCCUUGAUUUCUCCGCAGCAAGGACAGACUGGGUUCUGGCCUGUGUUUCGGUCGGGUUGCUGCUCAGAGAUUGGGCCGAAACCACACAUGGAGGAUGAGCACAUUCGCAUUGAUAAUCUCGUCGAAUAUCUUAGAGCUUCUACCAAUUUUCCAUCACCUGGUGCUUUCUAUGGAGUGUUUGAUGGACAUGGUGGUAUAGAUGCAGCAUGUUUUGUUCGAAAUAAUAUCCUUAAAUACAUAAUUGAGGACGUUUAUUUCCCUGCUAGUGUGGAGAAGGCCAUAAAGAAUGCAUUUAUAAAGGUUGAUCAUGCGCUUGCCGAUUCCCAUUCACUUGAUCGCUCUUCUGGAACAACAGCACUUACAGCCCUUAUUUUAGACAGGUCGCUGCUCAUUGCUAAUGCAGGUGAUUGCCGAGCCGUAUUAGGGAAGCGUGGCCGAGCAAUUGAACUUUCCAAAGACCAUAAGCCUAACUGCAAUGCUGAACGGCGUAGAAUUGAGAGGUUAGGCGGUAGUGUUUACGAUGGAUAUCUUAAUGGUCAGCUGUCUGUCGCUAGGGCUCUUGGUGACUGGCACAUGAAAGGCUCCAAAGGAUCUGCCUGCCCACUUAGCGCUGAACCAGAGUUGCAGGAGACAAUUCUAACAGAAGAGGAUGAGUUCUUAAUAAUGGGCUGUGAUGGCAUUUGGGAUGUCAUGAGCAGUCAGUGUGCGGUGACAAUGACUAGGAAGGAACUCAUGCUUCACAAUGAUCCAGAGAAAUGCUCGAGAGAGCUUGUGCGAGAAGCGCUGAAACGAAACACUUGCGACAAUUUAACUGUCAUGGUCAUCUGCUUUUCCCCAGAUCCGCCCCCUCGCAUCGAGAUCCCUAGAACUCGAGUCCGGAGGAGUAUUUCUUUGGAAGGCCUACAUGUCCUAAAGGGAGCUCUGGACGAUAAUAUAUGAUAUCGGACUUCUAGUUAUCCAUUCUCCUAUUCUGUAGCCUGUAGAGAAUGGAGUCUCUUGACAUUCUUGGCCUUCAUUGGCAAAUGAAGGUAAAUUUUCAGUGAGGCUGUAGGUGAAUUUUGUAGUUAUUCAUUGCUAUGAAUAACAUUUGAUGAGUCUGUAAUUUAGAUAAAUUGUUUUUGAGAAUGUGCUACGUGUUGCAGUUAAUUUUAGCUUUUUGCAAACAUUGAUUACUU